AUGUCAGAACAUUAUUUGAGACCCGGAAUAAUCAAAAAUCAAGAAACUACCCCCAAGAGAAUGUUUGUGAAUCAAAAUCAAUCAUACACUCAACAAUAUUUCAAUUAAAGUCCAAUAUGUCACACUCCAGAUAGAGCUAUGAAGCAGCCUUUUCGAAAUCCCAAUUAAAGUAUGUCUGAAGUAUUUCGUCGAUAAUAAUAAAUUCAAUAUCCUCCUACAUAUUAAUCUAGUUAAAUAUCUAUUCAAUAGGAUUUCAAUAAUACUAGCAAAUAGGUUGAUUACAUUAAAAGAUUUGACAAUUCCAUCACUCAAGAUUCUAGUUGGUUUUAAUAGAAAAAUAAUAUCAGUCCGAAUAUACAAUUACAGAGAAUAGAAAGAGAAAGAGAAAAAAAUAAACGAGAUUCAUCAUAACCUUUCUAUGAUAAUAACCAUUAGGUUACUGAUAGAAAUCUAAGACUCAUUAAAUUCGAAGAAAAGGCUUCUGGUAAUAAGAGUGAAUUCGAAAAAGUAAAAUAAGAUUAAAUGAAAUUAAUUAUGCAAGUAGAUGAGUUUAAGAUAAGGAUAAACAAGCAAGACUCAAAAAUAUUAGAACUAGAAAAAUAAAAUAAACAAUUAAAAACUCAAUUAAGUGAAAAAAGUCAAGAAGUGAAAACCCUAUAGUAAUCGCAUAUUCCGUAAUCAAAAUUAUAAGAGAUCUAAGAUUAACAAAUGAAGAAAUUCUAGAAGAUAUACGAGCAAUUAACAUAAUAAAACGAUGAUUUAAGGGAAGAAAAUAAUCAGCUUAAAUUACUCUUAUUAUAGUAAUAAUUAUAAUAAUAAAUUAGAGUUGAUAAUUAUUCCUCUGUUUCGAGAUCAAUUAUCAGUAAAAAGAAUUCAGAAUAAGAAUUUCAAUUGAUCAGCCAACAUGCUAAUAUCAAAGAAAUAAUAAAUCAAUUUCUAUAAGGAACAUCUGAUAAAUUGUUGCAUUUUACACAAGAUCCUUUAAUUUAGAAUAUCUUUAAUUAAUUCAGAGAUAUAAUUAAUUCAUUACUAUUCAAUUAGCAUCAAAAAUUGGACUUUGAGAUGCUCAAAGACACAGACUUUAUGAGAAUGAAAAAAUAAAGUGAGGAUAUCAUUACAGUGCCAGAAUUGAAUUAAAAGGCUGAUCAUCUAAUAAGGGAAAUCAAAUAGAAAAAGGAAUAAAUGGUAUCCUUAAAGGAUGGGGAUUAGAGAAAGAAUGUUCUAAAAGAGGAUAUUGAUAGAUUAUAAAAGGAAUAUGAUGGUAUUCAGAUUCUUGUGACAGAACAAUCAGAUUAUUUGGAUAAAAAUGCUCCUAAUUUGCAUAGAAAUAGUAUAAUCUCAUUUGAUCAAAAUUUUGAUGGUGAGGAAUAACAAUGA